AGUUUGCCUUGGCAUUCACGAAGGCUGUCUCUUUCUCUGGCCGGAAAAUAUCAAAAGUCGCUUUUUUAAAUAUAUUUUUUAUCUUUUCUAGAAAAUUUAUAAAGCAAAACCGAAGAGAUAAUAGACGAGGAGAAAAGCUGCUGUGUGUUGUUGUGUUGUUUUGUUUUGUUCUGUUCAUCUCUGGUUCCAAGGAUUGUCUGUUUCCAAAACCCAACCUUUGGACCUUUGGAUUCUCUGUUCUGUUCUGUUCUUCUUCUUGUCUUUUCCCUUUUGUAAUAGUAGAGAGAAGGGAUUAAAGUGUUUUAGGAAAGGGGGAGAUACAUGUAUUAUCAGUUGACCAAGUCGUCUUCUUACAUGGACUCUUUGAAGAUUCUCGAGGCUGACAUUGAGCACGCCAAUGGACUGGCUGGUGAGAUACCAAUGGGAAAGAGCGGUGUGAGACUUCAGAUGAAACUGGUUUGCAGCAAUCUGGCUCCUUUCUUCAUUUUCCUGCUCCAAUGGAUGGAUUUCUCAUGUCUCCUUCCUAGAUAUUUUGAUUUCUUCCACAUACUCAUCUACAAGGUACGUGCUGACGGGAGGUGGAAUCGAUCCAGGUACGGAAGGAAAGCUACAAUCAGAGAGUUCUACGGUGUUAUAUUACCAUCGCUAGAGCGUCUUCAUAUCAACUUCGCGGACUUACCAAGCGACAGCUUGUGGUAUCCGAAUCCAAAAGCCAUCACCAACAAGAAGAAGUACGACGUCGAAGGCAACAGAUUCAUGACUAACAGCCUUGACUCGGAAAGAGAAGAGGAAUGCGGGAUCUGCUUAGAGCCAUGCACCAAAAUGGUGUUACCAAACUGCUGUCACGCCAUGUGCAUCAAAUGCUACAGGAACUGGAACACCAAGUCUGAGUCGUGCCCGUUUUGUCGAGGGAACAUCAAGAGGGUUAACUCGGAGGAUCUUUGGGUGCUGACUUGCGAUGAGGAUGUGGUGGAUCCUGAGACGGUCACUAAAGAGGAUUUGCUACGGUUCUAUCUACACAUUAAUAGUUUACCUAAAGAUUAUCCUGAAGCUGUCUUCUCAGGGUACAACGAGUACUUGAUAUGAUUUUAUUUGGGGGGAAACACACAUCACUGGUGGUGGGUGUAGAGAGGGGAGAGGAAGAUUCCAGACCUUUAACUAAGUGUAUAUAAGAAUCUGGUGAUCUCUAAUAUCUUUCCCUUCAUUUUUAGAUUAUGAAUAAUAAGAUGAUUGUGUACCAUUUUGUUAUGAGAUAUGAAAGAGAAAAUGUUGUUCCGGUUUUA